AUGCAGCAUCGUUUCCGGACAUUCCUGCCGCCGGCCAGCGGGCCAGCAAGAGCUCCGACGGCAGUCUGGGGCUCUGAAGUUCACAAUGAGACGGGUACCGGGGCAUCGGAACAGUUGCCGGAAGGUGGCCGGAUUUCCCCAGAUGGCUUGGCCGUACACGAACACGUAUGCACGGCGGGGAACCCAGCCGGCGGCGCCGUUGGGAAAGGCAGUUUUCUUCAGUGCAGCAUGAGUGGUUUGGUACCAGCAGACGCUGAGCACUCAUUCGAAUCUCUCCGAUGUCUGCUUACAAAGUCGUGCUCUAGGAUGUCUCCAUGCUGCUUUGUGGACAGACGCUCAAUGAUGGUAAGGUGUAGAAGGACAUGCCUACCUUCCCAGGCAUGCCCUCACGCGGCACCGCUGGUGACACCAGCUGCAACAGGUACACCCGGUAGCGUGAACUACGGCGUCGUGGUAAGAACAUAUGUAUAUCCUGAAGGGCUUUCAGGAGCGUGUUUGGUGAAUGUUGUAGCGCGGCCGGAAAGUGAUACGGCAGGCGACUGGCAAUCAACGUUGACUGGCCCUGAAAUUGAUCGCCCGGGGACAGGUCGUGGUCAUGCGCCGGUGCACUCCGUGGACCCCCCCAAAUUUGAAAAGGUUGAUAGAAAAUCAACCGAUGCAUCGGCGCCAGCAGGCGUUAAUCAAUCUGUUGGAGUUUCCCAGCACAGAGCCUCAAAGAGGCAGGACGUGGAUAUGGUCUUAUGCUACGAGGCUGUGACAACAGGUGCAACAGGAGACUUCUUCCAUCUGCUAGACCUCACGGAACACCAAGUGGAGUGCUGGAAAGGACACGUCUAUGAAUUCCGAGGAGGCGAAGAAUCCGAUCUUCCACACAGCGUUUUCCUCUGCCGCGUGUACACUGUAGGCUACAAUUGCGUGUUUCAUCUAGUGAGUGUGCUUCUCGGAGGGUGUCACCGGCAGUCGCAGCCAUGUGUCUGCGCUCCUAAUAACACUAACUCUAACUUUCGUAAGUGA